GGAGAGGCAGAGAUACAGAGGCAAGAUUCAGAGUGUGUGUGUGUAGCAGCCAGUAAUUAUCCUCCAGUGUCUGAGCCAAUCAAGAGCCACAGACCAUUUAGAUACUCAGUCUGUUCCCAGGAAAAGAAGUAGGCAGUGUGUUUAUUGAAUCAGCGAAAGAAAGAGAGGAACAGAGGUGGUCUCUUUGGAGCGGCACAGCUUCUCUUUUCUCAUAUUCGCCAAAACGUGCUUGGUGAAAACAGAUGGACAAGAUGAACCACAGCUCAGCUGAGGCAGAGGCUGAAACCAUAGAACCACUGCGCUACCUCAGUAAAGGGGAGAUGACAGCUAUCGAGACAGAGCUACUGAGGGACUACAGGUUUGGACAACAGCAGCUGAUAGAGAUCUGGGGACAAGCAUGCGCCCUCGCCAUCACCAGGGCCUACCCUCUCAGCUCUCUAGCAAAGAAGCAACCAACAGUCCUGGUGAUCUGUGGUCCAGAUCAAAAUGGCUCCAUUGGGCUGGUGUGUGCCAGACACCUGCGCAUAUUUGAAUAUGAGCCAACCAUCUACCACCCUAAACGCUCCUCUCACAGUCUACACCAGGAUUUCACAGUACAGUGUGAGAAGAUGGACAUCCCCUUCCUCUCCUAUCUCCCCACAGAGGUGCAGCUCAUAAACGACGCCUACAACCUGGUGAUUGAUGCCAUGCUGGGCCCAGAGGCAGACUGUGCCAACAUUAAGGAGCCUUACUCUGGUAUUCUGGUCACCCUGAAGCAAGUCAAGAUCCCCAUUGUCAGUGUGGAUGUGCCCUCAGGUUGGGAUGUAGAAGAACCAAGUCAGGACGGGAUAAACCCAGACGUUCUCAUCUCACUUACAGCACCAAAGAAGUGCGCAAUGAGUUUCUCGGGGAAGCAUUUCUUGGCCGGACGCUUCCUGCCCUAUGACAUCCAGAAAAAAUAUGAGCUUAAUCUCCCAGAAUAUCCCGGCACAGACUGUCUCAUAGAAUUGUAACACAGGGGAAACACAAGAGCCAGUGUGGCUGCUCCUCAUUUUCAAAAACGUACAGUUAAUCAAUUAUCUUGUAUUUUAUAGAUCGUUGAUGUGAUUUAAUGUUAACAUCUCAGUUGUGUAGAACAGGCAACACUUUGGCCAAACGUGUUGUUGAGCUACAGUAGAAGGGUAAUAUUUAGAAACUGUGGUUUGAGUCAUGUCUUUUUAGGGAAUGGCAUGAGGACUUUUUGUGUCAGUCAACUUGUAAAAGCUGUAGCAUUACACUGUUUUCUGAUUAUUUUGCAAAAGACAGAAAUGUUCUCUUUCAACAGUCAGAAAAGAAAGAUGAAUUUUCUAUGAUGCCAACCAGUGGAAUUUUAUUUUCAACAAUUUUUUAAAUGCUCAUGUUCUGAUGCUUUUAUGUUCCUAUUUUAACUUUCUACUGACACGUGCUGCUGAGAUGA